AUGGACAUCAAAAAGUCCAAGAUGCACUGGGGGCCCAGCCAGUGCCCUCCACUAGUCGCUGGGUGCUCCGCCACCUCUAGGGAGAGCUUUGAGAACUCGCUCAGAGCGGAAGAUGGGGGCUGGCACCCUGGACUCUGUCCAGUGACCCUGUGCACUCCUCCAGCUGACAGGGAGUUCAUCGAGGCCAGGAGGAGAGCUCUGAAGCGCUUUGUCAACCUGGUGGCACGGCAUCCCGUGUUCUCCAAAGAUGUGCUUCUCAAGCUCUUCCUGUCCUUCAGUGGCUCGGAUGUGCAGAACAAGUUAAGAGAAUCAGCACAGUGUGUUGGGGAUGAAUUCAUGAACUGUAAGCUGGCUACCAGGGCCAAGGACUUCCUCCCAGCUGACAUCCAAGCUCAGUUUGCCAUCAGCCUGGAGCUGAUCCGGAACAUCUACAACAGCUUUCACAAGCACCGGGACAGGGCUGAGCGGAUCGCGUCGAGGGCCAUCGACAACGCAGCAGAUCUUCUCAUAUUCGGGAAGGAGCUAAGUGCCAUAGGGUCUGACACGACCCCGCUGCCCGCCUUGGCCGCUCUGAACAGCAGCACGUGGGGGUCACUGAAGCAGGCUCUGAAAGGCCUGUCUGUGGAAUUUGCGCUGCUCGCCGACAAGGCUGCACAACAGGGUAAGCAGGAGGAGAAUGACGUGCUGGAGGAGCUGAACUUCUUCUUGGAUCUGCUGCAGUCGUAUAAGGACCUGUGUGAGCGGCACGAGAAGGGUGUGCUGCACAAGCACCAGCGGGCCUUGCACAAAUACAGCCUGGUGAAGAAGCAGAUGAUGAGCGCUGCCGUGCACAACAGCGAGCCAGAGUCCGUGGAGCAGCUGGAGUCCCGCAUUGUGGAGCAGGAGAAUGCGAUUCAGACCAUGGAGCUGCGGAACUACUUCUCCCUGUACUGCCUGCACCAGGAGACGCAGCUCAUCCACGUCUACCUCUUCCAUGAAGCCAGUGCCUACACGGUAGCUAGAGCACGUACUGGCAGUGACCCGACAAUGAGCAAGGUGUGGAACGAUCUGAGACCCAAGCUCAGCUGCCUCUUUGCGGGACCACAUAGCGUCCUGACCCCUCCGCAUUCCCCGCCGCAGUCCCUGCCGGCGGCGGCGGCGGCGGCAAGCGGACCGUGGGCCGCUGAGGCUCUGAGCUGUGCUGUUCUGGAGCGCCUGGCGAAGGGUAGGCCCUGCAUGUCGGCGUCUGCCUGGGUGCAUGUCCUCCUGGAGGAGGUAGCUUGGCCCCCUGCUCCCCUGCUCCCCUGA